UCCUCCAACCUCCCAUCAUUUUUACCACCACUUUUUUUUUUUUUGUUACUCUUUUUCCGUUUGUUUCCCGAGAAAAUUAAUAUCAAUCUUAAACACAAUAGUAAUCACAAAUUCGAUGAACUAAAAAGAAAAAGAAAAGAGUUUAACGCCGUCAUCGCUGUUUAUUUUCAAAGAAAUGACGUCAGGGACGAGAAUGCCGACGUGGAAGGAGAGGGAAAACAACAAGCGGAGAGAACGGCGGAGACGAGCGAUCGCGGCGAAGAUCUUCGCCGGUCUGCGGAUGUACGGUAACUACAAGCUCCCGAAACACUGUGAUAACAACGAGGUGUUGAAAGCUCUCUGUGAUGAAGCCGGUUGGACCGUCGAAGAAGACGGCACUACUUACAAAAAGGGAUGCAAACCAGUGGAUCGGAUGGACAUUUUGGGAGGUUCGGCAUCGGCUAGUCCAUGCUCUUCGUAUCACCCGAGUCCUUGUGCAUCGUAUAAUCCGAGUCCCGGUUCAUCAUCCUUUCCGAGUCCGGCUUCGUCACAUUACCGAGCCAAUGGCAACGGCAAUGCCGAUGCCAAUUCCUUAAUCCCAUGGCUUAAAAACCUUUCAUCCGGCUCGUCUUCAGCUUCAUCCAAGCUUGCUCACCAUCUCUACUUUGCUGGUGGGUCAAUAAGUGCUCCGGUCACCCCACCAUUAAGCUCCCCGACUUCCCGAACUCCUCGAACAAGAAACGAUUGGGACGAAACAACCGGUGGCUCGGCACGAACCGGGCAACGACAUUGUUACCUUCCUUCAUCAACUCCACCAAGUCCCAACCAUCAAGUUUUUCCUGAUCCAGAAUGGCUUUCUAGUGGACCAACAUCCCCUACAUUUAGCCUCGUCUCACGAAACCCUUUCGGGUUUAAAGACGAGGCUUUAUCAGCCGGAGGUUCACGAAUGUGGACUCCAGGCCAAAGUGGAACAUGUUCACCAGCAUUCCCAGCUGGUGUUGAUCAAACAUCGGAUGUUCCGAUGUCCGAUGUCAUUGCUGCCGAAUUUGCCUUUGGUAGCAACUUCACUGGGUUAGUUAAACCUUGGGAAGGAGAAAUGAUCCACGAAGAAUGCGUAGCCGAUGAUGAUCUUGAGCUUACACUCGGAAAUUCAAAAACCCGGUAACGUCUCCAUGUCGAAAUCUCAGAUUUCGUGUUCCGGUCAACGACAUUACUGAGUUAUUUCGAGUCCGAAACCGCAUCCGCCUCACCCAUCUCUCCAUUCAAGCUAAACAGAAAUCAAAGAUCAAUUUAUAAAUAGCUCAUAGCUGUGUAUUUGCCCCUUCAAGUGCAGUCAAUUCAUCAAUUUCAUAUAUAUAUAUAUAUAUAUAUAUAUAUAUAUAUUCAUUUUCUCUUUGUAACAAAAAAAAAAAAUUCUAGUAAUGGCAUUGACAUCCACAUUGACUGUUUGGUGUGAUUGUGGUUUUGUGAUUGAAAGUGAUUUAAAAUGUACUGGAUUUCUUUAUGCUAUCCUAAUUUUUCAUUUUU